AUGGCGGGUAACAAGCGACCACAGGGGAUUCUAUUCGACAUUGGCGGCGUUUGUGUCGUCUCUCCCUUCCAAGCAAUCCUAGACUAUGAAAUCGCAAACAAUAUUCCGAUUGGCUGGGUAAAUUACAGCAUCCAACACACCUCUCCCAACGGUGCAUGGCAUAGAGUUGAGCGCGGGGAGGUGACGUUAGAUGAGGUUUUCUUCCAAGAGUUCAACAGAGAUUUCCAACACCAGCAUCUAUGGAAAGCAUUCCAUGCCCUGCAGCAGAGCAAGAAUAAACAAUCCUCCUCCUCAUCCUCACAAUCAUCGCGCCUCCCACCCCUCCCCAAGGUCGAUGCAAAGUACCUAUUUUGGGAAAUGAUGCGAGUGGCCCGCAGCCCAGAUCCAUAUAUGUUCCCCGCUUUGCGGAAACUACAAGCAUCGGGCCAGUUCAUCCUGGGCGCGCUGUCGAAUACGACAAUCCUCCCCGCAGACAACCCAGCAGGCCCGCCGGUAGAUGUGAAGCAGUUCUUCGAUUUCUUCAUCUCUAGCGCGCAUGUUGGGAUGCGGAAGCCGGAUCCUAAGAUCUAUGCGCUGGCGUUGAAGGAGAUGAAUGAUGCGGCGAAGAGGAAGGGGUUACCUCCCGUUGAGCCGGAUGAUAUUGUGUUUUUGGAUGAUAUUGGGAUUAACCUGAAAUUCGCGAAGAAGGCCGGGUUCCGGACUAUCAAGGUUGACCUGGGUAAGUCGCAGGAUGCUGUGAGGGAGUUGGAGAAGGUGACUGGUUUGCAGCUUUCCGCCCUCAGCUUUGGGCUUGUCGCGCUAAGCGAACACACAAAACCAGCCAACAAAAUCCCACACAACCACGCUGGAAACGAAUCUUUUCUCCUCGUCCCCGUCCAACUCGCCCAGCAUCCAGGUUCAGUAGCAACUCGACGCACCAAACCUACCGGCAAGAUGCCUUUCACCAAGCUCGUCAAGAACAGCGCUUACUACAGCCGCUACCAAACCAAGUUCAAGCGCCGCCGGCAAGGAAAGACCGACUACUAUGCUCGCAAGCGCCUGAUCACCCAGGCCAAGAACAAGUACAAUGCGCCCAAGUAUCGUAUGGUCGUCCGCUUCACCAACCGCGACAUCAUCACCCAGAUUGUUACUGCCGAAAUCACCGGUGACAAAGUCUUCGCAUGUGCUUACUCCCACGAGCUCAAGCGCUACGGCAUCGAGCACGGCCUGACCAACUGGUCUGCCGCCUAUGCCACCGGCCUCCUCCUCGCCCGCCGCACGCUCAAGAAGCUCGGCCUCGAUGAGGACUUCGUCGGCGUCGAGGAGCCCGAGGGUGAGUACAGCCUCACCGAAGCCGCUGAGACCGAUGAGGGCACCCGCCGUCCCUUCAAGGUUGUUCUCGACGUCGGUCUCCACCGCACCUCAACCGGUGCCCGCGUCUUCGCAGCCAUGAAGGGUGCGUCUGACGGCGGCAUCCUGAUCCCUCACUCCGAGAGCCGCUUCCCCGGCUACGAUAUCGAGACCAAGGAGCUGGACGCUGAGACUCUGCGCCGCUACAUUUUCGGUGGCCACGUUGCUGAGUACAUGGAGACGCUUGCCGAUGACGACGAGGAGCGCUACAAGUCUCAGUUCCAGAAGUACAUUGAUGCCGAGAUCGAUGCUGGUGAUCUCGAGGAGAUCUAUGCUGAGGCCCACAAGGCUAUCCGUGCCGAUCCGUUCAAGAAGGAUGAGGAUGCUGGAUCCAAGAAGACCAAGGAGGAGUGGAAGGCUGAGAGCUUGAAGUAUCGUACCAAGAAGCUUACUCGUGCUGAGAAGGAGGCUCGUGUACAGGAGAAGAUCCGGGAGUUGGCAUAG